AUGAAUAGCUCCCAACGUCGUAGCAUCAUGUUUGGCGAGAAGGCAGUCAUCGACAUGGAUAUCGAUCCGUUUGUUUCAAAUCUUGAUACGCCGUCUGAUCUGAAAGUGCCAGUAACCUAUACCGGACCAAUGCUCUCGACACAACUAACAACACCAACCAUCAAGAAGAGGGAUAAAAAUCAGAAUUCGCAUAAAGAUGAUGAGAAAAAAGAAAACAAUGAAUCCACCGAAACUGGAGAGCCAGCUGCAAAGAAGAAGUGCUAG